GGGCAAGAUGGCAGCGCCCAGGCGUUCGUCGUUCGAGUAGGUGGCUGGCCGCAGAGACCCGCUUCAAGUGGCUCAGGCGGAGAAACCCAGGAGCAAGGUGUCCGAUUAUUUGUCAUAACCUGCUUAGGAGUUUUUGCACAGCAGUGGCUGAGACCCCUGUGUUACACAGACCCGGGGCGCAGCCCUUCAUUUUCGGUGGCUGACGGGUGUGACCCAAGAUGCUUGGCUAGAGUCUCAGGCGCAGUCUCCGGACAGGUUGUGUCGUCAAAGGAAAGGCUGCGGUGUAAGAAGCAGUUCGAAAACCCAGUAAAUCCAUGGGGUGAAUGAGAGUGAGUCUCCACACCAGGAAAGCAGUGCUGGAAGGAGUCAGACAAAGGGUAGAGCUUGAGAGCCAGGAUGCUGUCCAGACCGAAGCCUGGGGAGUCUGAGGUGGACCUACUGCGCUUCCAGAGUCAGUUCCUCAAGGCCGGCGCAGCUCCAGCAGUGCAGCUGGUGAGAGGAAGUCGGAGACGUGGUGAUGCUCAUCCAGAGCAGCUUCCGCUCCGGGACCGCCGGGAUGUGGUGACCCUGCACAAUCUCCCGGAUUUGCCCCCAGCUCUGGUGCCUGCUCCUGCAAAGAGAGCUAGAGCCGGCCCUGGCCACCCGCUGCCAGAGGAUGAAGACCCUGAGGAGAGGCUGAGUAGGCAUGACCAGCACAUCACCGCCGUCUUGUCGAAAAUUAUUGAACGAGAUACAAGUUCAGUCGCCGUGACUCUGCCCGUGCCCAGUGGCGUGGCUUUCCCCCCUGUGUUCCAUCGCUCCCAGGAGAGACAGCAGGGGAAAUCGGCAGCAUCGGGUAAGAGGAGCAUCUUUGCCCAAGAGAUUGCAGCCAGGAGGGUGAAUGAAAACAGGGUCCCAGCAGCUGGGGAAGUUGUCCCCAGCCUAGACCCACCAGAGGGUGCUGUGCCCUCUGAGCCACCCUCCUCCAGGGACAAAGGCAGCCAGUUUCCAGGGGACAGCCAUGACUUCCACAGAUCGAAUCUGGUCACAGGGAAGGGCCUGAGGAGCCAGGCGGCCGAGCAGGAAGCCCAGACCAUCCACGAAGAGAAUGUGGCAAGACUGCAGGCCAUGGAUCCUGAGGAGAUCCUGAAGGAGCAGCAGCAGUUACUGGCUCAGCUUGACCCCAGCUUGGUUGCCUUCUUGAGAUCUCAUGGCAAUGCCUUGGAGCAAGCAGGACCAAAGGCCACCAAGGAGCAGAGCCCAGGAAGUCCCACAGUUCCUGUCACUAAAGAAGAGCCCACCAUGUCAACUUCUGCCAGUGAGUCCAGGAAGGAGGACAAGCCGGAGCCAAGAGCCCCAGCACUGAAGCUGCCCGUGACCCCCCACAAAGAGUGGCUCCACAUGGACACGGUUGAGCUGGAGAAGCUCCACUGGACCCAGGACCUGCCCCCGCUCCGGCGGCAGCAGACACAGGAGAGAAUGCAGGCCCGAUUCAGCCUUCAGGGAGAGCUCCUGGCACCCGAUGUGGAUCUGCCCACCCAUCUGGGCCUGCACCACCAUGGAGAAGAGGCAGAGGUAAGGUCUGGGACCCAAAGAAGACUGGCAGGUGUUUAACAACUGCAGAAAAGGAGCUCCGGUCUGCUUUGACCUGGGUGCCCUGUUCAGCUCCCGGCCUUGCUCUCACUCAGUUUCUUAGAGUCAAAAUGCUGUUCCUUCUCUGGCAUUUUGCUGUGUUGUGGAACUCAAAAGCCAGGCCUUGCAUGCUUUCCCUCAGGCCAUUCCAUGUCUCAUGGGGCUGCCAUCCUGUUUUCCUCUGUCUGGCCUAAGUCAAGCCGCCCCUUACCUGGGAACGUUCCCCAGCUCUCCUUGGCUCUCAAAGUGAGGUCCUAGCCCCUCAGCCUGGCAGGACAGUCUGUAGGUCCUCCAGCUCUGCCUCCUCUACUCCUGCUCCACCAUCCGCUGAGGCCGCCACACGAUCGCCAUUUUCACAGCCUAACAGGGCUCCCUCCAAGGAAUGUCCGUACCCUUAGCUCAUGCUGGGCCAUUGGAGCCGCACCUACCUAUGGAGACAGUCCUUUUCCACACCUGUCUUCUGACUGGAAAUUAAACAUCAGCUACGGGCUGCUCUUUCAGAGGUCCUGAGUUCAA